AUCUUGUGCUGAUGAUCGCAUCCUCUCUUCACUGUCUCACUCGUUCUCAGAGAGGGUGGAAAUGGACAUUGAUGAAGCACGCUCACAUAGCCAGUCUGUAGCCACAUGUGCACCCAGAAAAGAAAUGGACACUUUGAUAGAGCAAGAUAAUGCAGAGAAGGAGCUGGGGAUGAGUUUGGACACGGUUAAGAAGGCAGUGGAAAUGACGGAUAGAAGGAACGAAGAAUGGGGAGAGAAGAACUAUGAGGAGAGACUGCAACAUCAGUUGGCUUAUAAUGUUUUACAGGUCGAGAUUGUAGAUGGAGAAGACGUGUCCUCAACGUCAUCGAUGACAGCAGACGACGUCGGAUGGACCUGCUGGACCCCCGAUGAGACAACGGCACUCAUCUCUGUAUGGUCGGAUGAACAGAUCCUUCAUAAGAUGGAGGAAAGCUAUAGAAAAAGACAUGUUUACAGUGAGAUAUCGGAGUGUUUAAAGGAGCUUGGUGUCAAAAAGACGACGAAGCAGUGUCACAAUAAGAUUAAAGCCUUGAAGUGGAGAUACAGAGAAACACUGAGGAACCCAAGCAGCCGACCGUGUCCAUUCUUUUCUCAACUGCACAAAUUUCUCGCCGCCACGCCUGACAUGCCCGGUUCCAAGGAAACUGUCAAGGUUUCCGAUGAAGUCGUGUCUUUGAAUCAGGAUGAAGGGCCUGCGGAUGUCGAGUCGGAGCAUCUAAAUGAGGGAAUGGUUUCUAGAAAAGGGAAAGACGAGACCCUCACCAAAAAGCAAACAGAAGAGGGAAAGAGGGAUGAAGCUUUUUGCAGCCCUCAAAGUGACAGCAAGAUGAAAAUCCCCCCCAGGAAACUUUGUCGCAAACAGAUGGUUGAAGAUAUGUCCUCAACAACAUUGGUAGACAAUGAUACACGGACCUGGACCCUGGAGGGGACGAAAGCACUGAUCUCCGUGUGGUCAAACAAACAGGUUCUUCAGAUGAUGGAGCAGAGUUACCGAAAAAAACAUGCGUACUGUGAAGUUUCAGAGCGGCUAAAGAACAUCGGCAUCAAAAGGACGUGGAAGCAGUGCCAAUCAAAGAUGAAGCACAUGAAGCACAGCUACAGACAAGCACUGAGGAACCCAAGCAGUAGUGGCCGAGCGACCUGUCCGUUCUUUUCUGAACUGCACACAUUUCUCGCCGCCAUGCCCGAUAUGCCUGGUUCCAAGGAAACUGUCAAGGUUUCCGAUGAAGUCAUGUCUUCAGAUCAGGAUGAAGGGCCUUCUGUGGAUGUCGAGUCGGAGCAUCUAAAUGAGGAAAUGGUUUCUAGAAAGGGGAAAGACGAGACGCCCACCAGAGAGCAAACGGAAGAGAGAAAGAGGGAUGAAAGUGACAGCCGAAUGAAUAUUGGAAGAAAACGGGCAGUUGAAGAUGUGUCUGAUAUGGAACUAAAGCCCGUAAUGCCGCGAGCCCAAGUUGAUGACAACGGUCUUGUGACAGGUGGUGAUCCUCGUCCUGUUUCCCAUACCACAGGGCAGUCUUCUAAAAGAAGCAAACGUGCCAAAAUAUGCUCCUUAUGUGGGAAGAGUUUUGUUGAAGCAAAGGAUUUUACGACACACAUGAGAACUCACACUGAGCAGAGCCCUCACCAGUGCACCCAGUGUGGCGAAGGCUUUGAAAAUCCGGACGACUUACAAAAACAUUGUCAGAAUGAUUGUGAGGAGAUGAUGAAACAGGAGGUCAAUGAACACCAGCAUGGAAAGGACAGGAUCGCAGGAGAGUCCAGUAAUGCAAGUACUGAUCCAAAAACAUGCCAUCUAUGCCAUGAGACUUUUCAAUUUCAGUAUAUGUUGAGAAGGCAUCUUAUUGUGUUUCACAAAGGCAGAAGACUUUUUAAGUGUCCUCUUUGUCUGAAGGGUUUUGCCUUCCUCAGUGCUUUGAAGAAACACCAGAGUAACAAAAGAGGUUGUCCUACAAGCGACGCCGUCAAAAAAAGGAAGGAGUUGGGGUCAAAAAACCCUUCUGCCCGCAUAACUCCAGGACUUUCCGUAAAUACAAAUCAUUCCAAAACGUGCCCUGUAUGCCAUGCAACUUUUUCACAAACGUCUAGUUUGAAAAGCCACUAUUUUUACCACCAUGCCCCAGACAAAAGCCGCUUCAAGUGUCCCCGAUGUUUGAAGGCUUUUGUAUCCCACAGUCAAAGGAAGAGACACCAGCAGAGCAAAAGAGGUUGUCGGUUAGAGAGAAGUCACAAAAAUGGGAGUAGACCAGCAUGGUCGCUGGCUCUUAGGGAAAAGAAUAAUGAGAUUCCUCAGCCUUCCAGUACAGCAACCCAGGAACCAACAACCUCUCAAGUUCCCACCACUAUAGCACAGUCCUCUAAUAAAAAGACAAUUCCCAAAGCAUGUCCUGUAUGCCAGAAGACUUUUAAAUUUGAAGCAACCAUGGUAAGGCACAUUGCUUCUCACCAAAAGGAAAGUCUCAACAAGUGCCCUGACAUUUUGAAGUGUACCUUUUGUGAAGAGAUAUUUUCUCAGGGCAUGGACCUGAAGAGCCACUACAGUCGUACUCAUCAAUUUACGGGACCGUUCCCAUGCCCUUCUUGUCAGAAGACUUUUGUUUCAUUAACUGAGCUGCGCUUACAUCAGAGAAAUGAGUCCACUCCUUACCAAUGCUCAGUGUGCCAGCGACUAUUCCGAACACAGUAUACCCUAACUAUUCACGAGCGAAUUCACACAGGGGAGAAACCGUUCCUCUGCGCCGAGUGUGGAAAGGGUUUCCGGAGUGAAAAACUACUACAAUCACACUCUAAGAGUCAUGUUGAGGGAAAACCCCACUCUUGCUCCACUUGUGGGAAAAGGUUCCAGAGAAGAGAGCUAUUAAAACAACACAUGUUACAUCACAAAGAUGCCGCUUUCAUCUGCCCAGACUGUGGGAAGAAGUUUUUUCAGUUGGUAUGGUUAAGAAGGCAUAUGUUAAUCCACACUGGCGAGAGACCGUUCCUCUGUGAUCUCUGCGGGAAGGGUUUCAAAUCUACAGCUGAAUUGAGGAUACACACCCGGACACACACUGGAGAACGGCCAUUCAAGUGCCAAGAAUGUGGAAAAGGUUGUAGGCAGAAGAGUGAGCUGCAGGAGCAUCUACGGAGACACACAGGGGAGAGGCCGUAUCCGUGCACCGUGUGCGAUAAACGCUUUUAUGUCAGCAAAGAUAGAAAACGACAUAUGCUCAUCCAUACUGGAGAGAAGCCGUUCAAAUGUCAAGCAUGUGGCCUGGCUUUCAACCGUAGAACACUUUUGAGGGUACACCAAAAAAACAAGUUGUGUUUAUAUAGCCAUACAAGUCCCCUACAUUAUACACCCCUACAUUACACAUCAUUGUAAUGUUGGGGAUUUGUGGUCCUCGAUCAGUGUUUGGAUUCAUGAAAGUAAUCUGCUCCUUACAUUUGAGAAUAGUAAUUGUUACGUUACAUAUUACUCGUUAUCAUAUGAGCGAAGCCCCACCGAGGCGCUUUGCUCAGUGCUGAAUCCUUCAUUCACAAUUGGCAAUUGAUAGCCUAAUAUUGUCACCCAUCAGGCUAUUGAAUUUAAUCUGUUUUUUAGGCUACAUCUAUUAUAUGUGUGAAAUUAGUUUCCAUCUGCCAUUAGUCAACUGUCGGGUGAAGGAAGGGCAGUGGGGGCAAACUAAGUCCUCCUAAGCAAGGCUAACGAAAUUCAGUGUAGUCCGAAAUGAUUGACACCCUUGAUAAAGAUGAGCAAAAAUGACAAAAAUAUAUAAUUGAAAUACUGAGCUAUAUUGUAUGUUAAAAAAGAAAAAAAAGGGAAAUAUUAUUUUAUACAAUUGCUCACAUGAGAUUUUGUUUAACAAUUCAUUUAUUUUUUAAAGGUAGGGGUCAAAAUGAAUUCCUCACGUUCAUUCCAGAUCCUUGAUAUCCUUCGUCUGCGUUUAUGGACCGCCCUCUUCAAUUCCAACCAUAGGUUUUCAAUGGGUUUCAAUUGCAAAAUGGCAUUAUACUUGGAAAGAUAGUUUAAUCUGUGGACAUUUGAGGCUUGAAGAAUGAUUGAUGGAUUGGCCACUGUGGGUGAUAAUCCAGGAUUUGCAGAAAGAGAAAAUUAGGAAUGUACAGUACGAGUCAAAAGUUUGGACAAACCUAC